CUUGGGGUGUCCCUCCCUGCCCCGACCGCGGGCGGUUCAUUCGGCGCUGGGGCGUGGAGGCCGGAGGGUGUCGGCAGGUUGUGGGUCUCGCAGGAGCCCGUCGCUUGGACAAAAGAGCUGGAUGAGGAGGUGCCGCUGCUAACCCGCUGCGUGGCAAACUAUACAUAAUGUUCUCCCGGUUAAGAAUAGCCGUUUCCCCCUGCAAGUUGGCACAUCGUAACAUGCAUAGGAAGGAAAAAGGGAAGCCCUUGAUGCUUAAUCCCAGGACAAACAAGGGGAUGGCUUUUACCUUAAAAGAACGGCAGAUGUUGGGGCUUCAAGGACUCUUACCGCCGAAGGUUGAGACACAGGACAUCCAAGCUUUACGUUUCCAUAAGAAUGUAGCCAAAAUGACGGAUCCCUUAGAAAAGUACAUCUACGUGAUGGGAGUCCAGGAAAGAAAUGAGAAGCUGUUCUUCCGGAUCCUACAAGAUGAUAUUGAACAAUUAAUGCCGAUUGUCUAUACACCAACAGUAGGCCUUGCGUGUUCCCAGUAUGGGCAUAUUUUUAGAAGGCCAAAAGGAUUGUACGUUGCCAUAACAGAUAAGGGCCACAUCCGAUCUGUGGUAAACAACUGGCCAGAGAAUGAUGUGAAGGCUGUUGUCGUCACAGAUGGAGAACGUAUCUUGGGCCUUGGGGAUCUGGGAGUAUAUGGAAUGGGAAUCCCAGUUGGCAAACUCUGUUUAUACACCGCCUGUGCUGGAAUAAAACCUGACAAGUGCCUUCCUGUAUGUAUUGAUGUUGGAACUGACAAUCUGACACUUUUGGAAGACCCAUUUUAUAUGGGAUUGUAUCAGAAACGAGACCGCUCGCAGCUUUAUGAUGAACUCAUCGAUGAAUUCAUGGAAGCCAUUGUAGGCAGGUACGGGCAAAAUACCCUCAUUCAGUUCGAAGACUUUGGCAACCAUAAUGCCUUCCGCUUUUUGAGGAAAUACCGAGAAAAAUAUUGCACUUUCAAUGAUGACAUACAAGGGACUGCCGCAGUUGCUUUGGCUGGAUUAUUGGCAGCCCAGAAAGUCAUUGCAAAACCCCUCACCGAGCACCGGAUCCUCUUCCUGGGAGCAGGAGAAGCUGCCCUUGGUAUUGCAAAUCUCAUCGUCAUGGCCAUGGUGGAAAACGGUCUUUCGACAGAAGACGCUUACAAGAGAAUUUGGAUGUUUGAUAAAGACGGCUUAUUGAUAAAGGGCCGAGCGGAAAAGAUUGAUGUCAACCAGGAGCCCUUUACUCAUCCAGCUCCAGGAAACAUACCAAAAUCUUUCUUGGACGCCGUGAGGGUUCUUCAGCCUUCUGCCAUUAUUGGAGUUGCCGGGGCUGGGCGGCUGUUUUCUCAUGAUAUCAUCAAAGCGAUGGCUGACAUCAAUCAGAGACCCAUCAUCUUUGCGCUAAGUAACCCUACCGUAAAAGCAGAAUGUACAGCUGAGGAAGCAUACACACUAACAGAGGGCCGUUGCCUAUUUGCGAGCGGCAGUCCGUUUGGGCCUGUGAAGCUGAGUGACGGCCGGUCCUUCAUUCCGGGCCAGGGAAACAACGCCUAUAUAUUUCCAGGUGUAGCUCUUGCUGUUGUCCUGAGUAGCGUCCGGCACAUCAGUGACAAUGUUUUUUUGGAAGCUGCAAAGACAUUGUCCCAGCAGCUGAGUGAGGAAGAACUGGCAGAGGGACGACUUUAUCCCGCGCUUUCCAACAUCAGAGAAGUGUCCAUUAACAUAGCUAUAAAGGUCAUGGAAUAUUUAUAUGCCAAUCACAUGGCGUUCUAUUACCCAGAGCCAGCAGACAAAACUCAGCACAUACGAUCCAGAAUCUGGACUUCUGAGUAUGAAUCCUUUCUACCAGAUUUGUAUGACUGGCCAGUGUCUACAACCUACUCAUCGGACACAAGGCGCGCUUGAAAUUCUGCUGGGAACCCUCCCGUCCAGAACAACAUUUGAAGUAGGACCGCCGAAGACCUAAAACUUCCUUUUUGUGCUAAACUAGGAACUGGACGCAUAACCGACGCUGGGUUUUCCUCCCUAGGUUGGACUUCCUCUCUCCAGAGGUGCAUUCUUAUGGACGGUUGGGUUGUCUGCAACAGAAAUGAAAUUUAAUAUAUUUUCUUAUUUCUCCCCGGGAAGCUAAUUAAACAAAUAAGGGAAAACCCUUAAUUCUUUCACUUUUUAAAAAACUUUUGUUACUGGUCUGCUGUGUGAUUAAGGUUUUUCUGUACUGUCUCAUAUACGGCUGUAAGCUGCAUGGGUUUACACCAAACAGAUUAGUUGAGGAGAGAAUGUUAGUAAGUCAAGGAAAGAAUUUGGCUUAGUCUCUCUCUCUCCCUUCCUUCCUUCCUUCCUUCCUUCCUUCCUUCCUUCCUUCCUUCCUUCCUUCCUUCCUUCCUUCCUUCCUUCCUUCCUUCUCCUUUUUCACAGGAGAAGCAUCCAGAAAUGCUGUCCUUCCUUUGUAGUCUACCAAAAAAAGCCCACCCCAAGUCUUCAUUCUGCUAGAAGCAUAAAUGGACGACCAAAUCACUCCAUCCCCUUUUUAUGCUACUUCUGUCUUUCUGCAACCUCAGCAGCUCCUGUAACUGCCCUCCGUGCUGAAUUUUUGUAGCAUGAAUCUCACGAAGCCCAAUUUACUGAAAGGAGAGGCUUUCCCACUUCCUUACGGGGUGGAUUCAGGUGUACAAUUCUGUCCACCUUAGCUCUACAUUUUCUUCCCCUCUGGGAAAUAUCAAUCGUGGUCAGCACGCAAUGCUGCCAUCUCCUGGAUCUGUGUGUGUAUGUGUGUCUACGUGCUGACGUUCUGCACUUGAAUAAUUCAGCUUUGAUAGUGGAAAUUGCUGCAUAUCACUUCCCUGACAUUCGUUAUACAGAUGGGCUAUUUCUCCCCCAUCUCUUUUGUUUUUUUCCAAGGUUUUAGUGUUGUUGUUGUUGUUCAGGCUUAAACUGUAACACUCCUGAACUUCAUGAUGGCUGCUUUCCUCCCAGGUCUCUGUCCCAUGGAUCUAAUAAUUGGGGGGAAUGUGGGCCUCGUUGCACCCCAUCCUAUGCCCUAAACCAGUGAUGGCGAACCUUUUUGGCACCGAGUGCUGAAAAGGGAGCGCACGUGUACGUGAGCUUUGAAUGCACACGUGCAAGCUUGUCUGGGUUGCAACCUGGAAGAGAAGGGCGCAUGCGUGCAGCUGAAAUUGAAUUUCCAGUUUCCGGUAUGUGCAUGUGCGCCAGCCAGCUAGUUUUCCGGGUUUUUGGUACGCACACAUUUGCGGCGUUCAGCUGGCCGGCGCACAUGCUCACGCAGGAAAACGGAAGACCAGCUCUUCCAGUUUCCGGCACUGCCACACAAAAAGGCCAGUGGAUCGUCACACGCGCAUGUGCACCAGAAACCUGGAAGAGGAAGGGGCGACACUGCGCAUGCCAGGCGACAUGGCUCCGCGUGCCACUUUGGGCAUGCGUGCCGUGGGUUCGCCAUCACAGCCCCUAAACUAAUGUUUCUCAACCUUACUCAUUUUAAGACGUGCGAACUUCUAUCCCAGAAUUCCCCAGCCGGCAUGCCUUAAAACAGGCAAGGUUGAGAAACAUCGCCCUAAAAAGAAGCAAACGUCACUCCAAUAAAAAAAAAAUUUCUUUUUAUCUCCAGGUAACCCAAAGGUGGUUUUUCAGGCGGCAACUGGACUCUCUUGUUUUGUCAUUUUUGCUUCUCAUCCAAGAAGUUGCUUCAGGACGGUGGGGAAUGGAAGGAUUUAUAUUCCUUGCAGACAGCUGGUCAUCUGCGUCUUUUUAGAGCAGGGAUCUCCAACCUUAGUCCCUUUAAGACUUGUGGGCUUCAACUCCCAGAGUUCCUCAGCCA